AUGUCCGCUCUCGUUGGUUCAAAGUGCCCGGUUAUCGAUGGUCUGACCUGGAUCCAGGGCAGCCCCGUCGCCAUCGGCUCCUCUGCCCCUUCCGGCCCCGUCUUGGUCGAGUUCUGGGCAACAUGGUGCGGCCCCUGCCGCAACGUGACUCCGCAUCUCUCGGAGCUCCACAGCAAAUAUCGCUCCCGCGGCCUCACCAUCGUCGGCAUCACCGACGAGCAGGACCGGGGAGCGAUUGAGCAGUUCGUCAGCCAGAAGGGCUCGGACAUGAGCUACAUCGUUGCCAUCGACGCCCAGCUCAAUGCUCGCCGCAAGCUCUUUGCGCCCUCGGGUGCCCGGGGCAUUCCCUUCGCCGUCCUGGUCGACUCGCAGAACACCAUUGUCUGGUGCGGCCAUCCGAUGGAGCCCGAGCUUGAGGCUCAGAUCGAGGCCGUCGUUGGUGCUCAGAGAGCGCCCGAGCCCUUGCCGCUGAUCCAGGACUCGGCCGAGGAGCUGCGAGUCAAGUCUGUCAAGGAGCUCAAGAAGAUUCUCGACGACCGCAAGAUUUCGUACAGAGACUGCAUCGAGAAGGGCGACUUUGUCACCACGAUCAUCCAGUACUGCUCGUCCACGAUCUACUACAAAGCCUGAGGGCCGCUGACUGUCACGCCAUGGCGGCAUCCGUAUCCUCAAAUUCCAAGGCUGCAUCCGACCAAGUCCAACAUCCCUGAUCGUGUGCCUUCGGAACGCUCAAUACACUGAGCCCGUCGUUCCAACAUAUCCCCAUGUCCGCAUUGCUCGUUCGUGUUCUCGUAUUCAGAGCCUUGUGCGGCGAUGUAUUAGGAUGUUGCUUCCCCGAACUCGACACAAUCACUGGGUCGUUUCGUUGCCCGCAUCCGAGUCGCCCUGUGCAUGUGCGGCAUUUCCAAACUUGACCUUGAGGAGUUGAUACCGCUUCUGGUCCUGC